AUGAAUAACCAAAUAUUUACAUGCAAUUCAUGUGGUACUCAAUUUAAGUCAAGCGAUUCACAGAGAUACCAUAUGAAAACUGAAUGGCAUCGGUACAAUUUAAAGAGAAGGGUAGCACAUUUAAGCCCAAUUUCAGCAGAUGAUUUUGCAGAGAAGGCGCAACUUUCAGAACUAGAGCAAGCCAAGCAUCAGGUUGAUGAAUUUGGCUUUCCAGUUUUAAAGCCCCUGAAUUCAGUAGAUGAUGUAAAUCACUCUCAUAAACAUCAUCGCAAGAGCUCUAAGUAUAGAGGUAGAAAAAUUAUUGAUGAGUUAGAUUCUGAAGAUAGCGCAGAUGAUGAAACUGAGCAACAAAGAUCAUCUUCUCCAACCCUCUCUAUUUCCUCUAAAAUGUCAGAGCUGUCUGUAGGAAGCCAAGAUACUAAUACUGAUUAUGGAGAAGAUACACAAUCUGAAUACGGCUUUACCACUGAUUCAAAUUAUGAAACUAGUGAAUUUGAUGAAGAUGAAAGCUCUGAUGAAGAUAACAAAGAGCAUUCUUUAAACUAUUCAAGAAUAAAUGAGUGCAUAUUCUGUGGUGUUGAUAAUAAAGAAAUAGAAAAAAAUGUGAAACAUAUGUUCAAUAAACAUGGACUUUAUAUUCCUGAAAGAUCAUACUUAGUAAAUUUACCAGGAUUAUUAGAAUUCCUAAUAGAGGUUAUUAUAGUUGAAUUUUUAUGUCCCUGCUGUAAUUUCCAAGGCUCUAGCGUUGAAAGUAUUAGAAGUCACUUAGAUUCAAAACGCCAUUGUAGUAUGCCAUACGAAACAGCUCGUCAACGUGCUGUAUUUUCUGAGUUUUACGAUUAUAGCUCUCUAGAAGAACAACCAAUAAAGCCUAAAAUUUCUACACAACAAAAAAAAUCAAUUCGUUUUGCAGAAAACUCUUCAACUUCUAGUACUAGUAGGCCGCAAACACCUAAUAGAAAUACUCAGAGACCUGUUACUGCCACCAGUGAUAGAAGACUAGCCGGUGGUAUUACUGAAAAACAAUUUACAAAGACUUUAAAGAAAAUGCAACAAUUAGAAAAGAGAGCUAUUGAUGAGCAGCUCCGUCGUAAUGUCAAAAGAAUGAAUUUCCAACUUCAUUACAGGGAUGAGUUGCUUCAGUAA